AUCUGCCACCGACGCCCGCCGCGCUCAUCUUCUCGCCCGCCCGGCCAUGGCAAAUCCACAUAAGCAGCAGCUCCUCGGGCUGCACCCUUCUUCCUGCACACACACCUCGACGACGCCCAUCCUCGCCCCGCUCUCGACUCCCCGCCCGCGGCUCUCGACUCGCCUCGCCACACCUCUCUCCGCGUCCGUGGCCCGCUGAGGCACGCGACUGCACCGCCGCACCCUCCACCUCCCUGCACCCUCGCUCGCGCCCGCCAUGGUCACCUUUGCCAAGACGGACGAGGCCGGCGCCGCCACGGGCGUCGCGUCCAAGCCCGACAGCGCCGUUGUGCGCACGCUCAAGAACAUCGUGCGCUACGAUGAUACCGAGGCGAACCGCCUGGGCGUGCCUAUGGUCGACAGCAAGUCGUGGUUCACCGAGAUGAUCGACAGCCCGCGCAACAUGGCCGUCAACUACCUCGACUCCUUCUUUCCCUUCACCAAGUGGAUCCUCUCGUACAACCUGCAGUGGCUGAUCGGCGACCUCAUCGCCGGCAUCACCGUCGGCCUCGUCGUCGUGCCGCAGUCGAUGGCGUACGCCAAGAUUGCGCUGCUGCCCGUCGAGUACGGCCUCUACUCGUCGUUCGUCGGUGUCGUCAUCUACGUGCUCUUCGCCACGUCCAAGGACGUCACCAUCGGCCCCGUCGCCGUCAUGUCGCUGCAGACGGCCAACGUCAUCCGCGCCGUGCACGACAAGGUCGGCACGGAGCUCUACACGAACCCGCAGAUCGCCUCGGCGCUGGCCUUCAUCUGCGGUGUCGUGACGCUCGGCAUUGGCCUUGUGCGCAUCGGCUGGAUCGUCGAGUUCAUCCCGCAGCCGGCGGUGGCGGGCUUCAUGACGGGCUCGGCCAUCACCAUCUGCGCCGGCCAGGCGCCCAAGCUGCUCGGCCUCAGCGCCGUGCAGACGAGCGGCCCGGCGGCGUACGAGGUCAUCAUCAACACGCUGAAGCAGCUGCCCAACACGACGAUCGACGCCGCCUUCGGCAUCACCGCCCUCGUGUCGCUGUACCUGAUCCGCUGGGCGUGCAACGCCCUCCCGCGCCGCUACCCGCGCUGGGCGCGCACGUGCUUCUUCAUCUCCGUCUUCCGCAACGCCUUCGUCAUCAUCGUGCUCACGGCGGCGUCGCGCAUCUGGCUCGGCCCGCAGAACCCGAAGCGCUACCCGAUCUCCAUCGUCAAGACGGUGCCCAGCGGCUUCCGCCACAUCGGCCAGCCGCUGCUCUCGUCGCAGCUCUUCAGCGACAUGGCCGGCCAGAUUCCCGUCUCGGUCAUCAUUCUGCUGCUCGAGCACAUUGCCAUCUCCAAGUCGUUCGGCCGCCUCAACAACUACAAGAUCAACCCGAACCAGGAGCUCGUCGCCAUCGGCGUGACGAACCUCAUCGGCCCGGCGUUCGGCGGCUACGCGGCCACCGGCUCCUUCUCGCGCUCGGCGAUCAAGUCGCGCUCCGGCGUGCGCACGCCGCUGGCCGGUUGGGUGACGGCCAUCAUCGUGCUCAUCGCGCUGUACGCGCUCAGCGGCACUUUCUACUGGAUCCCCAACGCCGGCCUCGCCGCCGUCAUCAUCCACGCCGUGCUGGACCUCAUCGUGCCGCCGUCGGCCGUGUACAAGUUCUGGCUCGUGUCGCCGUUUGAGGCCGUCAUCUUCUUCGGCGCCGUGCUGCUCUCCAUCUUCCAGAACCUCGAGGUCGGCGUGUACUUCUCCGUUGCCGCGUCGCUGGCGCUGCUGCUGAUCCGCAUCGCGCGCCCGCGCGGCCGCUGGAUGGGCAUCGUGCGCAUCAGCCACGGCGACGGCACGGUGACGCCGCGCCGCAACAGCGAUGCGAACGUGCCGCAGCGCGAGGUCUUCGUGCCGCUCGACGACGGCAACGGCCUGCGCGACCCGUCCGUGCACGUCGAGCCGCCGCCGCCGGGCGUGCUCAUCUUCCGCUUCGAGGAGGCCUUCACCUACCCGAACGCCUCGCACCUCGGCGACCUGCUCAUCGACCGCGCCAAGCAGCUCACGCGCCCCGGCGCCACGAGCCUGUACAAGACCAACGGCGACCGCCCGUGGAACGACCCCGGACCGGUCAACCCGAUCUUCGGCAAGGUCGGCCGCUCCGUACUCUGCGGCUCUGCGCGCCGCAACGCCAUUGAGCGCCACGGUGCCAAGCUCGAGGCCGAGGCCAACGCCGCCGACGACCCGCGCCCGCUGCUCCGUGCUUUCAUCUUCGACUUCUCGUCUGUCGCCAACGUCGACACGACGUCGAUCCAGACGCUCGUCGACGUCAAGAAGUCGCUCGAGCGCUACGCCGGCCAGACGGUUGAGUGGCACUUCAGCGGCAUUCUCUCGCCCUGGAUCCGCCGCGGCCUGCUUGCCGGCGGCUUCGGCACGGGCCAGGCGAACCGCCUCGUGACGGAGAUUGCACCGGUCGUGCGCGCCACGCACGAGGACAACGACGGGCGCGAGGAGGAGGAGGAGGCCGACCGCCGUGCCAACGCCAUCGACAACGCCCUGCAGGACGGCCGCAACCCGGCCGUCUUCCGCCCAAACCGCCAGGGCCUCAGCGAGCUCGAGGCCGGCCUGGCCGGCGACCGCGACGCCACGCGCAGCCACGUCAACGUGGCGCCGCGCGAGCCGUACACGGACCCCUUCCUCGUCGACCCCAACGCCAUCGUGCCCACGACGGUGCGCAACACGCGCUCCUCGACGUCGUCGUCGGACGACGUCAAGCUCUCGCCGCACAGCACGGGCGUGCCGCACCUCGCCUCGCAGACCAAGCAUGAGGACGACAAUUCGAGCAUCGACGGCGACGCCGAGUCCAUCCGCUCCGUGCCCGUCAUCUGGAACCAGAGCCUCACACCCUUCUUCCACCUCGACACCUCGUCCGCGCUCGCUGCCGUCACGAACACACGCAAGUAAAACCGCUUCACCAGCGCCGUGCUUCCCGUCUUUCCCGCUUUUGGGCCACCCAGUUACCCCUUCCUCGCUCCUGCCGCCUAAGCUGCCUACCCUACUGUCACCUGCACGCACGUUUUCGGAAUCUCAUACACGCCUAGCUGCGCUG